AUGGCGGGAAACUCUGAACACCAACAACUGAGCACCGGAAAGGCCAAGGAAGAGCUAAUCUUGGACCAGCGGGUUCGGCACAAACGCCUUUUCCGGAGCAGCCGCGAGAGCUACAGCGACGAUGAUUCCGACACCAAUAGAACACCUGUGGCCUCGGUCCAACAAGAGGAAGAAGUUUUGUACGAGAUCGAUCCGCGAGCAUUAGGAAAGUUGCCAGAACGUCUCCAGAACAACUAUCGUCAGUUAUUCCAGGAGCGAGUCGAGAGGUUAGCCCGGAAGAACCCGAACUUCAAGUACCGCCAAUACGAUUAUAUGGACUACUGGCCAGAAGAAGCUUUCAGUCCAGAUGAAGAGGAACAACCAAGAUAUAUGAAAAGGAAAUAUCCGAGGAAGCACAAGGUAUUGCAGGAAUUGGAAAUUGCGCACGUUUCUCGGUUGAAAGCCACUGAACAAAAAGGGCAAUUGCACGUCAUGAAUCCUGAUCUAUCGCCCGUAGAGGACAGAACUAGCCAAUGCCUAGAAGACCACAAAGAUAGCACAGAGUAUAGUGGAGAAAAGGGAAUAAGGAAUAGCCAAUCUGAGGGAACCUUAGAUGAAGUUUUAGCAACAUUGGUCAACAGUACAGUAUCGGAGAAGGGCAGUUUGGCUUCACUGAUGGAGGAGGGGUUGUGGCAUGUUAAUGCUCCUCGGAAAGCUGAUAGUUGCUUUCAGGCACGCAGAGAAUUGGAAAAUCCUACGCUCAGUUAUCAGUCGUGUGGGAACAACGACGACAGUCACCACGAUUUGAGAAAUACAUAG